GCGGCUUUGGUUUCGACGAGGUUAUCUGGUGGCGGGCUUGUUUACGUUGGGAUUGCAGCUGAUUAGAAUAAACCCGGACCGGAGCCACUGCGUGAUCAUUCGGUCGUUUGCUUAGUUGAAAGUGAAACCUCAUAACGAGGAUGCUGGACGUGGUGGCUCUCCUACUGAUCGCCCUGGCCGUGGGCUUUUGGUUUGUGCGCACGCGCUUCAGUUACUGGACCCGUCGAGGGAUCAACAAUGUUCCCGGCCACUUUCCCGUGGGCAACAUGGAGGGUUACAGGAAGACGAAGCACUUCAUUGACAUCGUGACGCCGCUAUACGAGAGAUUCAGGGAUUGUGGAGCACCGUUUGCGGGCUUCUUCCUGAUGCUGCGCCCAGUGGUGCUGAUCCUGGACCUGGAACUGGCCAAGCAGAUUCUGAUAAGGGACUUUGCCAACUUCGAGGAUCGUGGGAUGUACCACAAUGAGCGCGAUGACCCGCUGACGGGCCACCUGUUCCGCAUCGAUGGACCCAAGUGGCGUCCGUUGCGCCAGAAGAUGUCGCCCACCUUCAGUUCCGCCAAGAUGAAGUACAUGUUCUCCACGGUGUGCGAAGUGGGCGUGGAGUUGGGCCAGGUGUGCGGCGAGCUGGCGGACAAUGCCAUGUGCGGCAUCCUCGAGAUCUCUGACCUGAUGGGCCGCUAUACCUCCGACGUCAUUGGGCGCUGUGCCUUUGGGGUGGAAUGCAACGGCCUGAGGAAUCCGGAGGCGGAGUUUGCCGUUAUGGGCAGGAGAGCCUUUGCGGAGCGACGGCACUGCAAGCUAAUCGAUGGCUUUAUCGAGAGCUUUCCCGAUCUGGCCAGGAUGCUGCGCAUGUGCCAGAUCCAUCAGGAUAUCACGGACUUUUAUGUGGGCAUCGUUCGGGAAACGGUGCGCCAAAGGGAGGAGCAGGGCAUAGUGAGGAAUGAUUUCAUGAACCUGCUCAUCGAAAUGAAGCAGCGGGGUGAGCUCACCCUGGAGGAGAUGGCCGCCCAGGCGUUUAUCUUCUUUGCAGCAGGCUUCGAUACCUCCGCUAACACCUUGAGCUUUGCCCUUUACGAGUUGGCCAAACAGCCGGAGCUGCAGGAGAAGCUUCGCCUGGAAAUUGAUGAGGCCUUGAGGCUGCAUCAGGGGGAAUUCACCUACGAGUCGAUGCAGGAACUGCGCUACAUGGAGCUGGUCAUAGCAGAAACCCUUCGCAAGUACCCCAUACUCCCGCAACUCACUCGGAUCUCCCGUCAUCUGUAUGCCGCCAAAGGUGAUCGUCACUUCUAUAUUGAGCCCGGCCAGAUGCUGCUGAUUCCUGUUUAUGGCAUCCAUCAUGAUCCUGCCGUGUAUCCUGAACCCCACAAGUUUAUACCGGAACGCUUUCUGGCCGAUCAGCUGGCCCAGCGUCCCACUGCCUCCUGGCUGCCCUUUGGCGAUGGACCACGCAACUGCAUUGGCAUGAGGUUCGGCAAGAUGCAGACGACCAUUGGGUUGGUUAACCUGCUCAGAAGCUUUCACUUUAGCGUCUGUCCGCGCACUGAGACCAAAAUUGAGUUUGUAAAGUCGAAUAUACUGCUAUGCCCGGCCAAUGGCAUUUAUCUGAAGGUCCAGGAGCUGAGCCAAGUGAGGAGAUACACCAGAAUUACACCGAAUUUGCUUUUAUCAAACAACGCAUUUCGCAAUUUUCAGUGCAAAAGAGAGUGGUUUCCCCUUAUAAACGUCGUAGGUAGCGACUCUGGAACUCAGUUCAGAGCGGAACCUGGUGGAGAAAUGUCGCUGUUACUGACGCUGAUUGCCAUUGCGGUGUCGCUGCUGCUGUUCGCCGCCCGGCGGCGUAUGGGCUAUUGGCAGCGCCGGGGUAUUCCGCACGAUGUGCCCCAUCCGUUUUUCGGCAACAUCAAGGAUUGGAGCAAGACCCGACACAUUGCCAAGAUCUUUCGGGAUUAUUACCUGAAGUACAAAGGGUCGGAUUACCCCUUCGCCGGCUUCUUUUUCUUCUUCACCCGCACGGCCGUGAUCACCGACCUGGAGCUGGUGAAGCGGGUGAUGAUCAAGGACUUUAAUCACUUCGAGAACCGUGGCGUCUUCUACAACGAGAUCGAUGACCCGCUUUCGGCCACGCUGUUCAGCAUUGAGGGCCAGAAGUGGCGUCACCUGAGGCACAAGCUCACGCCCACCUUUACAUCGGGCAAAAUGAAGCACAUGUUCCCCAUCGUGGUCAAGGUGGGUGAGGAAAUGGAGAAGGUUUUCAGCAGCAAAAUCAACUCUGGAGCUUCCAGUGGGGGCCAGGUUCUGGAGGUCGUCGAUCUGGUGGCACGCUACACCGCUGAUGUAAUCGGUAAUUGCGCCUUUGGGCUGGAUUGCAAUAGUUUGCACAAUCCCCAGGCCGAUUUCGUGACGGUGGGCAAGCGGGCGAUCACGGAACACGCCUACGGAGGAUUAUUGGAUAUAUUCCUGUUCGGCUUUCCCAAGCUGUCGCGUCGCCUGCGCCUGAAGCUGAACGUCCAGGAUGUGGAGGAUUUCUACACAAAGAUAGUGAGGGACACCAUCGACUACAGGCUGAAGACCAAGGAGAAGCGCAAUGACUUCAUGGACAGUCUGAUCGAGAUGUACCAGAAGGAGCAGGCCGGCAACAAGGAGGAUGGUCUCUCCUUCAACGAACUGCUGGCCCAGGCCUUCAUCUUUUUUGUGGCCGGCUUCGAGACGAGUUCCACCACCAUGGGAUUUGCCCUGUACGAGCUGGCCCGACACCAGGAUGUGCAGGAUAAGCUCCGAGCUGAGAUCAACAGUGUGCUGGGCAAGCACAACAAUGAGUUCACCUACGAGGGCGUCAAGGAGAUGAAGUAUCUGGAGCAGGUGGUCAUGGAAACCCUUCGCAAAUACCCGGUUCUGGCCCAUCUCACGCGUAUGACCGAGACGGACUUUGCGCCCGAGGAUCCCAAGAAUUUCAUUGGCAAGGGCACUAUUGUUGUGAUCCCGGCUCUGGGCAUUCACUAUGACCCGGACAUUUAUCCGGAGCCGGAGAAAUUCAAGCCGGAGCGUUUCACGGAGGAGGCCAUUGCCGCCAGGCCCUCAUGCACCUGGCUGCCCUUCGGUGAGGGUCCACGUAACUGUAUUGGCCUGCGGUUUGGUCUGAUGCAGACCUGCGUGGGCUUGGCCUACCUCAUCAGGGGAUACAAGAUCAGUGUGGCCCCGCAGACGGAGAUUCCCAUUCAGAUCAAUGUGAAGAGCAUCCUGCUGUCUGCCUUGAAUGGCAUCCACUUGAAUGUGGAGAGGAUUUCUAAAUAAAAAUGAAUUCUUGAACUGUGA